CCCGAAAGAUUGGCUUCAGAUUUUCAGCUCCAAGCCUUUGCCUUUAAACUGCGCUUGAAUUAGGUCAUAUGUCAUAUCCGUGUUGCUGCAACUGAUGCUGGAACUGUUGAUACUGGCUUGCAAUUGGAUGCCGUAGCGGCUAUCCGGUGCCGCCGCCGCCAUGGAAACCGCUUCGUCUCCAGUAGUUCUGCAUGCUCUCCGCAUAAUCCCCAAAGUCCAACUCCAUUCCGCUUCUCGCCUCCCUCUGUUUUCCACGCAUGUUACUUUCACCAGAAACCAACUCAACUUUCGAGGCAAAAGAAGUUUGCAGUUUAAGCGGUUCACGGCCUCGCCCUCGCCCUCCAGCUCUUCACAGCAGAAUUCAUCUCAACAGCUUGCUGUUCUUCUAGAAGUGGAAGGGGUCCUAAUGGAUGUUUAUCGCCACGGCAAUCGCCAAGCCUUUAAUGUAGCAUUCAAGAAGCUUGGGCUUGACUGUGCAAGCUGGACGGAACCUAUAUAUUUAGACCUUAUAAGGAAGAGUUCUGGUGACGAGGAAAGGAUGUUGAUCUUGUACUUUAACAGGAUUGGUUGGCCUACUUCACUGCCUACAAGUGAGAAGCAAACAUUCACGAAAAGUGUUCUAAGAGAAAAGAAAAAUGCAUUGGAUGAUUUGGUGAUGUCAAAAAGUUUACCCUUAAGACCUGGUGUUCAAGAGUACCUGUUACCAAGCAUAAUAGAUGGUUCAGUGAAUCUUGACAUGGCAAGAGCAGCCACCUAUUCUGAAACUGCCAGUUUUCUUGAUGAUGCAUUUAAGGAAGGUAUACCAGUGGUCAUAUUGACAGCCUACAGCAAAAGUGGUGAUAAAAUAGCAAGAUCUGUUGUUGAAAAGCUUGGCGAUGAUAGAAUAUCAAAGAUAAAAAUGGUUGGAAAUGAGGAGGUGGAGCAGAGUUUCUAUGGUCAACUUGUAUUUGGUAAAGGAAUGUCUUCUAGUUUGGAAGAGCAACUAGCCAAGGAAGCAAGAAAGGCAGCUUCUGCUGAGAAACAAAGAAUAGCAGAGGAGGUUGCUUCAAUGCUUAAGUUAAGUGUUGAUAUUGAUACUAGCUCAGCUGAAAGCUUGCAAAAGAUUCUGGCUGCACUACGAGCAGGAGCAGAAUGUGCUGAGGUCCCUGUCAGCAAUUGUGUGCUUGUUGCUGGAAGCCAAUCUGGAGUUUCGGGAGCUGAACAAAUAGGCAUGCCUUGCAUUGUUCUUCGGAGCAGUUUGACAUCAAGGGCAGAGUUCCCUUCAGCAAGUGCAAUAAUGGAUGGGUUUGGUGGUGCCGACUUGACAAUCUCCAGACUGCGGGGCAAACAAUGGUCAUGAAUUUCUCAUUGAAACCCUUACUGCGACGUGCUUGAAAAAUGAUGUAUCGGGUAGGAUGGGUGCCGGAAGAUAUGCAGAACACUGGAUUUACAGAUUUCAAGUUCAUGUACUGAGAGUGUCUUAAAUUGAUUGUGACAAAUAUGAAAGCAAGGCUCUUCAAGGUUGGGAAGCUUACCCUCAUGCCAACUGUAAAUUUGAGUAUCAAGUGUGCCUAGUCUAAUGCAUUGCAUACCAGCUUAGGGAUUUGUACUUCUUUACUGGCCUCGGUGAUGUACGGAUCUUUUCUAUCCUUGGGAGGGACAUAUCAACCUUAAUCGUAUUAAUCCUUUCCUUGA